UAUAGUGGAUUGAAAACAAUAGUUCUAAGUAUAUAGCUUGAGUGUGUGGGUCAAAAUUUAAACGUAUAAAAGCGGACGCGAGUGCCAAGUAAAUCAUAGUUUGAUUGAUUACCACAACCAACAAAACUAAUUCAACAUGAAGUACCUGUUCGUUUGCGUUUCCUUCGCCCUCUUCGCCUACAUCAACGCCAGCUCGCUGUAUGGUGGCAACCAUGGUGGUUAUGGUCUUGGACGUGGAGGUGAUAGCGGACCCGUUGUGGCUUACCAGGCAAUUCCCGUCCACUCCUAUGGCCGCCAAUCGUACGGUCAGCCCCUCCGCUCCUAUGCUAGCGAGCCCCGCGCUGCUGCCGCCGCUGCUGCUGCCUCCUCUGCCGUCCUCUCCGGAAACUACAGGCAGGUUGCCAUUCCAGCUUAUGAGCUCGAUGCUGGUUACCAUGGCGGUCAUGGAGGUUAUGGUGGCCACCGCGGUAUCGGCAUUGGCAGCCGUGGCGGAUAUUAAUUUCGCACAAUGAACACGCGCCCAGUUUGUUCAAUGAGCAACAACCAGCUACACUGUGAAAAAUAAAGGAAACUGCUGAACGCAACGCAAUGUUGAACAAAAAA